GGGCCGCGGGGGCCUCUCCCCGUCGUCUGUCCGGAGCUGCGAGGAGCAGCAGGAGGAGGAGGAGCCGGGCGGCGCGCCCCGGCGGAGGCCUGGUGCGAUCGCUGAGGGCCGCGGGCCUGGCAGCGCCGCCGCCAUGGAGUCCUGAGGCCUCCGCCAGCCGAGUCUGCCCGAGGCCGCGGGGCCUGGCCAUGGCGGAGCGCCGCGGCCUCUGAGCGCCGCCGGCCCGCUCGAGCUCAGCCCGCGCUGCGUGCCGCGGCCCCCUCGGGGUCCUUCCCCGUCCCCCCGCCCGCCCUAACCGGCGCCGCGGCCGCCGUUGACGCCGCCGUCGCGGAGCGGGCGCCGCCUGGGCCCGACCAUGUCGUGCGUGCACUACAAGUUCUCCUCCAAGCUCAACUAUGAUACGGUCACCUUCGACGGCCUCCACAUCUCCUUGUGCGACCUGAAGCGCCAGAUCAUGGGCCGCGAGAAGCUGAAGGCGGCGGACUGCGACCUGCAGAUCACCAACGCCCAGACCAAAGAAGAAUACACGGAUGAUAGUGCUCUGAUUCCGAAGAACUCCUCAGUAAUUGUUAGACGAAUACCUAUUGGAGGAGUUAAAGCUACCAGCAAAACAUAUGUUAUGACUCCUAAAUCGCACAAAAUCCUAGAAACUUCUUUCAGAAGUCGAACUGAGCCAGUGAGUGGAACAUCAAAAGCAAUUGAUGACUCUUCUGCAUCUAUUUCUCUGGCCCAGCUUACUAAGACUGCCAAUCUGGCUGAAGCCAAUGCUUCCGAAGAAGAUAAAAUAAAAGCUAUGAUGACACAGUCUGGCCAUGAAUAUGAUCCAAUCAAUUACAUGAAGAAACCCUUGGGUCCACCUCCACCAUCCUACACUUGUUUUCGGUGUGGAAAACCUGGCCACUACAUAAAGAACUGCCCAACAAAUGGGGACAAAAAUUUUGAGUCUGUGCCCAGAAUUAAAAAGAGCACAGGGAUUCCCAGGAGCUUCAUGAUGGAGGUUAAAGACCCCAACACAAAGGGGGCCAUGCUGACCAACACCGGGAAAUACGCCAUCCCCACCAUCGAUGCGGAAGCUUAUGCUAUUGGAAAGAAGGAAAAGCCUCCCUUCUUACCAGAGGAACCGUCCUCCUCCUCAGAAGAAGAUGAUCCUAUUCCAGAUGAGUUGUUAUGUCUGAUUUGUAAAGAUAUAAUGACUGAUGCAGUUGUUAUUCCCUGCUGUGGAAACAGUUACUGUGAUGAAUGUAUUAGAACUGCAUUACUGGAGUCUGAGGAGCAUACCUGCCCAACUUGUCAUCAAACUGAUGUUUCUCCUGAUGCAUUAAUUGCCAACAAGUUCCUGCGGCAGGCUGUGAAUAACUUCAAAAAUGAGACUGGCUACACAAAAAGGCUCCGUAAGCAGGUUCAGCAGCAACAGCAGCAGCAGCAGCAGCCACCACCUCCACCACCUCCACCACCUCCACCACCCCUCAUGAGGCAAACAAUAACACGCAACCUCCAGCCUCUACUCCGGCCAGCCCUUCCCAGACAGCAGGAUCCCCUGAUGAUACCAUUGGCUUCUCUGGCUUCUCGUUCUGCUUUGUCAUCCCUGGGCCCUGGCCCAGGACCUGGGCUGCCAGUAAAUCCCUCUUCUGUCCUUGUCUCUGAUCUCCCUCCAGCAGUGUCCCUGUCUCUGCGGGAAAAGCCCGAUGGGCCCUUCCGUGAUCCCGAUGCUCUCUUACCCCCUGCUGCUCUCGUGUCUGCUGCUGAACUUUCUAAAUCUUCCCCUCUGUCAAUCACCAGUUUGUUGGAAGAGAAGGGCUAUCAGGUUCCUGUGCUGAGACAACCAGCAUUACCGAGUCUUCUGGGCCCUCAAGGACAAUCAAUACCCACAACUGGUCAUCCAAUGAGAGCUGGUGCCAUUCGCUCAGCAGGUGGCAGACCAGGCUGGGAGCUUGCAAACCGCGGGCGCCCUCACAGUGACCGUGCCCAGAGGACUCAGGCCCCGUCUCUGCCUGCCUCAGCUCCCGUCUUUGUGCCUGUGCCUCCACCUCCCCUCUACCCUCCACCACCCCAUGCACUUCCUCUUCCUCCGGGGGUGCCACCACCACAGUUUCCUCCUCAGUUUCCACCUGGUCAGCCUCCAUCUGCUGGGUACCCUGUUCCCCCUCCUGGAUACCCCCCAGCUCCUGCAAACAUGUCAUCAGCUUGGGUACCCGCAGCAGUACCAGCAGCUCACUCAAACACCAUCCCAACGACCCAAGCACCUCCUUUAUCUAGGGAGGAGUUUUACAGAGAGCAGCGGAGGCUCAAAGAGGAGGAAAAGAAAAAGUCCAAACUUGAUGAGUUUACAAAUGAUUUUGCUAAGGAAUUGAUGGAAUAUAAAAAGAUUCAAAAGGAGCGUAGGCGUUCGUUUUCCAGGUCCAAGUCUCCCUAUAGUGCAUCAUCUUAUUCUAGAAGCUCCUAUACCUACUCCAAGUCAAGAUCAGGUUCCUCCCGCUCCCGCUCCUACUCCCGCUCCUUCAGCCGCUCCCAUUCCCGCUCCUAUUCCCGCUCACCUCCCUACCCCAGGAGAGGCAAAGCCAAGAGCCGCAGCUACCGCUCCCGCUCCCGCUCACACGGGUACCACCGCUCCCGCUCCAGGUCACCCCCGUACCGCCGCUACCACUCGCGCUCACGCUCCCCAGUGUUCCGGGGACAGUCUCCCACCAAACGGACUCUACCUCAAGGAGAGGGAGAACGGGAAUACUUCAACAGGUUCCGAGAGGUCCCGCCCUACGACGUGAAAGCUUACUACGGCAGGUCUGUCGACUUCAGAGAUCCCUUCGAAAAGGAGAGGUACAGAGAGUGGGAGAGGAACUACAGGGAAUGGUACGAAAAGUUUUACAAGGGCUACGCCGUGGGUGCUCAGCCUCGGCCCCCCGUAGCCAGGGAGAACUUUUCCCCGGAUAGGUUUGGUCCGCCCGGGACCAGACGAGAAAACUCACCCUAUGCUCGGGGCCGCCGGGAGGAAUAUCCCGGAGGGCAAAGCCACAGGAAUCGUAACGUAGCUGGAAAUUAUCCCGAGAAACAAUCCGGGAGAGAGGGCCAUGGCAUCAAAGAUCCCACGAAAUCAAAAGAGAAGGAGGUGGAAAAUCCACUGGGUGACGGCAAAGGCAAUAAACAUAAAAAACACAGGAAGAGGAGGAAAGGAGAUGAGAAUGAAGGAUUUCCCAGUGCGGAGCUGUUGGAAGGUGCCAGAAAGCCCAGAGAGCCAGGCACGGCAGAAGAUGUUAAAGCAGACUCUCUGUUCAUGCUGCCAAGCAGAGAUGAUGCCACCCCGGUGAGAGACGAGCCCAUGGAAGCAGAUUCCAUUUCUUUCAAACCAGUGUCAGAAAAGGAGAAAAAGGAGAAGGAUAAGCCAAAAGCAAAGACUGACAAGACAAAGCGGAAAGCAGACGUGGCUGUUCCCCCUAAAAAAGACAGCACAGUAAAACCAGCAAAGGCCUCCCAGGAGAAGGCAGACACUGACCGUGAAAAAUCCCCUCGAACAGAACCCCCUGUGAAAAAAGUGAAGGAGGAGUUGCCAAAAACAGAGAGUGCUAAAACAUCUUCCUCUCAAAAGGAUGAGAAGGCUCUUGGUACCCCACGGAAAGCUCACCCCAAAGUGGCAAAAGAUCACCCAGAAACUAGACCAGCCAAGGAGGAAAAGGCAAAGAAAGAGCAUCCAAAAGAAGCCAAGUCAGAGAAGCCCUCCAACAAAGAGGACAAGUCAAAGAAACCUACUGAAAAAAGCAAGCCUUCUGAUACAAAACCCGAAAAAAGAAAAAGAAAAGCAGAUGAAAAGGUUGAUAAAGAACACGAAGCCACUUCCACAAAGGCCUCUAAACCAGAAACUGCUGAAUCUAAAACAUCACCGAAGGGAAAGACUGAGCCUGAUGGUGAGAAAGGAGAACGAACUCCAGAGAAGGACAAAUCUGGUUUACUUAACCCUGCAAAAAAGAUUAAACUUAACCGAGAAACUGGUAAAAAGAUUGUGAGUGGAGAAAACGUGCCACCUGCAAAAGAACAUGUGGAGAAACCUGAGCCAAGCAGCAGCAAAGCUAAGCAAGAAAAAGCAAAGGGAAAAGUGAGAAGAAAAGUCACAGCAGCUGACGGGUCCAGUUCAACUCUUGUAGAUUAUACCAGCACAAGUUCCACUGGAGGAAGCCCCAUUAAAAAGACUGAAGAAAAGACAGAUACAAAACGAACGGUCAUUAAGACCCUGGAGGAGUACAAUAAUGAUAUAACAGCCCCUGCUGAAGAUGUCAUUAUUAUGAUCCAGGUUCCUCAGUCAAAGUGGGAUAAAGAUGACUUUGAGUCUGAAGAGGAAGACAUUAAAACUCCCCAGGUACCUCCAACUGUAGGAAAACCUGCCAGUGUUAUCAAAAAUGUCAGUGCUAAGGCACCAAACCCCGUAAAACACACUGAAAAAGAGGUGGAGCCUUUGGAGAAAACACUGAAAACCACAAAAGAGUCAAGUUAUGAAAGCUCUCAGCAUGACACAAAAAGUUCAAAAAGUUCUCUGUCAAAUGAGAAAGGAAAAACCAAAGACCGUGAUCAUUCUCUGUUAGACAAGGACACUUCUGAGAAGAGGAAGAGCAGUGCUCAGCCGGAAAAGGACCACUUGGAACGUGGAACUGAGCAAGGAAAUGGAAAAAAUACUUCCCAAUCUUCCAAAGAAAGCAGGUCUGAGAAACAUGAUACUGGCCGUGGAUCCACAGCUAAAGACUUCACUCCUAACAGAGACAAAAAAUCUGACCACGAUGGCACCAGAGAGCAUUCUAGUUCCAAGCGUAGAGAGGAAAAGAGUGAAGCAGCCAGGAGGAAAGAUUCCCCUUCUCGAAACAGGGAAUCUGCAUCAGUCCAGAAGAGCAAGCCCAGGGAGGAGCGAGCAGAGCCAUCCAAAAAGGGAGCUGGAGAUGCCAAAAGGAGCAGCUACAGCCCCCCACGGGAGAGAAAGCAGGCAGAGCACAAAGCUGCCCACGAGGCCAAGCGUACCUCGGAGGAGCACAAACCUCUGGAUAAAAAUGCAGGAAAAGAGAAAGAAAAAGAGAAAGAGAAAGAAAAAGAGAAAGAGAAAGAAAAAGAGAAAGAGAAAGAGAAAGAAAAAGAAAAGGAGAAAGAAAAAGAGAAAGACAAGCCUGUGCCAGAAGUAAAGAGCAUUAAAGAGAAAGAGCCAACUGUUAGCAAACCACCACCUUUGAAACCAGAAUCCCCAGAGGUAAAAGCUGAGAAGGAGAACGGGGCUGAUAAGAGUGUGGCCAAGGCCAAGGCUCAGCUCAGCAGCGCCUCCCGCCUCUCCUCGGACCUGACACGAGAGACUGAUGAGGCUGCAUUUGUACCAGACUACAACGAGAGUGACAGUGAGAGUAAUGUGUCUGCAAAAGAGGAGGAAGCUGCGGGGAAAAACCCCAAGGAAGUGAAAGAGAAGCCCCUUGGUGAUAAGGUGAAGGAGGAAGGGGCAGCCCCAGCUGCGGAGGAGCAGCCUGAAGCCAGCAGGAGUCAGAGUCAGAGCAGCCCCAGCGUCAGCCGCAGCCGGAGCCAGAGCCCCUCUGAGAGUCAGACUCGAAGCCACAGCAGCAGUGCCAGCUCAGGAGAGAGUCAAGACAGCAAGAAAAAGAAAAAGAAAAAGGAGAAGAAGAAGCACAAGAAGCAUAAGAAACACAAGAAGCAUAAGAAACACGUGGGAACCGAAACGGAAUUGGAAAAGAGCCAAAAACACAAACACAAGAAGAAAAAAUCAAAGAAGAGCAAAGAUAAAGAGAAAGAUGACCAAAAAGUGAAAUCUGUCACCACAUGAAAUGACAGAUGAUUAAAAAAUGACUUAAUUCCUAAGUCAUCUGUAUUAAAUUUUGUUAAAAUGUAAACGAAUUCAAGCGUUGUAAAUAAUGAAAUGGAAGACCCUGUGCUGCACUUAAAAUAUUGCUGCUUGAUUAUUUGAUUUUUACAUCAGAGCUUUAUAAAAGUGAACAUUUUGUACAGAAUUGUGAGUUGUGACCAUGUAACAUGAAAGGUUUUGCUGGGGCAUCUUAUUUUUAACCACCAUUAAUUAGUUUGGGUGGAGUCUACUGUACUGUGAAAAUUUUCACAUUUGGAUUUUUUUUUUAAUUGCCUGGCAGAAGAAGCUGGUAUCAGUUAUAAAAUAUCAGCAGAAUGAUUUGCAGAAUACAUUACAGCCCUGUUAUGUCACUUUUUGAUUACAAUAAAAGGUUUUCAGUAAACUA